AUGACACGGGAUCUUUUUAAAGAAGGCAAACACAAACCGAGCCGCGCGGGAGGACUUAGAGCGACCGUGAGGAGCGGAGGGUGACACUCAGAGAGGACGGGGUGCUGAGGCCGGCGGACCAAUAAGGAGACGAGGACGCUUCACGAGAGAGAAAGGAGCAGAGGAUGUCCAGAGCUGACUGGUCCUUCCUGGAGCACUUGCUGGAGGAGGGCCAGGAGUAUUCGACAGGCAUCGGCCGAGUCUGGCUUACCGUACUCUUCCUGUUUCGCAUGCUGGUCCUGGGAACCGCCGCCGAGUCUGCAUGGGAUGACGAACAGUCCGACUUUGUCUGCAAUACCAAACAACCUGGCUGCGAGGCUGUGUGCUACGACAAAGCCUUCCCCAUCUCCCACUUUCGCUACUUCGUCCUCCAAGUCAUCUUCGUCUCCACACCGACCAUAUUCUACUUUGGAUACGUGGCUAUAAGGGCGAGGAAGGACAAGAGGAAAGAGGAGGAGAGGGAUGAAAAGCAGGCAGAGGAAGGUAGCAGAGGUGGUAUUGUCAUAGAAAGAGAGAAUAAUGAGGAGGAUGCAGAGGAGAAAAAGGAGGAGGGUGGGAGAGGCAGACGAGCCGACAAAGCUCCUACUGAGGCUCCUAAGCUGAAAGGACGACUACUGUGUGCUUAUGCAUUCAGCAUCCUGUCUAAAGUUCUCCUAGAAGUCGGGUUCAUAGUUGGAUUGUGGUUCCUUUACGAUGGCUUCUUCAUCCAAGCAAAGUUUGAGUGCACGGGGUUUCCUUGCCCUCACACAGUGGACUGCUUCGUCUCUCGUCCUACUGAGAAGACCAUCUUCACUAUCUACACUCAGGUCAUCGCCGCCAUCUCCCUCCUCCUCAACUUCGUCGAGCUCCUCCACCUUCUCCAGCUCGCCAUAUCGCAUCGGCUGGAGAAGCGAUACCGCGCCCAGCAGGAGGACUACCUCCCUCGGUCAGAGCGGGUAACGGCACGAGAGGAGACUCCAGAACUCCCGUCGGAGGCGCCGCAGUCUUAUAAAACAGGGAGCCAAGUCGACCUCCCAAACCAGGUUGAGACCGUGUGCUACCACAACCCCUGUGAGAGCUACGGGGAUCUAGCCAUUGAGGUGAACUGGGGACCUGGGGCGACAGGGAGUGACAUUCUGCCCAGCUAUGUGAACUGCAUGGGGGCAAUGAGGACGACACAUUCGCCUCGAGUGCAUUAUAAAAAACAUGCAAACCACACAGUGAAGAACACUAAGGGUGCCCAUAAAGGACACUCAAAGCAAAAACAUUAUGUUUGAUAAAGUCAAAUGUGGAGAGGCGUGGUCUCUGAUUGUAAAAGCUCUGUCUGUUUUGAUGUUUUUCUUAAAAAUGAAAUCCUGCACAUGACACUUGACCAUCAGGCGUAUGCGAUAAAAACUGAAAGAAAAGAUAAGAUCAACAAGUAUUGCACUGUGUACUUGAUGCCUCAGAGGCAGGCUGACAAUGAAGCAGAGAUUUAGCAGAUAAAGGAAGCUUUUUGGAAAAAAAUUAAACGUUUUAAGAACGCUCCCUAAGGCACCAAAAAGAAGUCGUCACAAUAAGUGAUGAAAACAGUCAUGAGAUGUCUCCGUGUAGCACUUAUGGCUGUGGGUGCAGAAUGUAAGAAUGGAAAAACACAGUGACAUUUAAAGCUCACAGGGACUAGGGAUCUGUUGCAUUUGAGCAUAUUCCUCUGAGGUUUGCACUGUAACCCCUGGAGUUCUUUGAAGCCCCCCCUCCUUCUCCCCAUGGCUGUGGUCAUUUGUGUUCACACAGUGGAAUGUUCUGGUCUCUGGAUCCUGCUCGGCUCCCAUGAGGAUAAUGGCUGCGUGGUCGCUUGCAUGCAUGCAUGCACACAUACAAAGUACUUUUGGCCCUUUCGUAGAGUGUGUGUGUGUGUUUUGGUCACUUGUGUUGGGUCAUGGACUCAGAUGGAGAAGGGAAGCCAAACCAUGGGAAUUCUGGGAUUGCACACUUAUCAUCGCUUAUGACCAUAGUGUUUUAGCUACGAGGAAAGGAGGAGGGAGAGGACCACAGCUGAAUAAUGGAGUCCACAUGGCACAUUGAAUGGACUGAAAGCGGUACAGAAAUGUGCAAAUAACCCAAAAGGAAAUGCCUGUGUGAAAACUGUAUUUAAUAUUUGAACUAUUGGGAAGAAAUACCAGCAAUUCUAUUUAUUGUUUUGAUGAAAAUAAAGUCCCAUAAAUUAGUAAUUACAUUGUGGAUUUCUGAAAUAAUGCUAAAGAAUGUAUUGUAGUUUCUGUGUGCUCCUAUGCACAUUAUGGGAGCCCUAAGAGGACACACUUCCAGGCAUGUAGGCAACAAAAGAGGCUUGUGCACCCGCCCUUUUCCCCUCAGGCAUCAGUGACAACAGAACGACACUGAUCAAGUCAGAAGCAGUAUAAAGGAAGAGCUGGGGUGGAGGAGGGUUGCAAGAGCAGCUUGCGGAGCUGUGGCCGGGUAAGAGCAGUUUAGAUAAGGCAGCAUAACAACAAUUAGCAGCUUAGAGCAAAUCGGCUGGCCGUCAGCCAACGAGGGCUCUGGUGUUGAAGACAGUGCUGGACUCAGUGGCCUGCCUGAACUAACGCUAUAUGCUCAAUUUAAUUCCUGACAAUGCAGAAUAGAAAUUUCUAGGUUUUUGGGGGAGCAGUGUUAAUUUCGUCAACUAAAACUAUGAAACUAUUCAUUGACAGCCUUUUUUCUAUGACAAAAACUAGACUAAAACUAACAAAAAUAGAUCUGUGUUGACUAAAACUGACAAAAACUUGGUUUCGUUUUCGUCAAGAGUACUAAAACUAGACUAAAAUGUCAUGUAGUUUUCAUCGGACAUUCAAAACCCGUGAUAUUUCUCCACUGUGGGUAAAUCUGUCAAAAAACAAUGCAUCUGUAUCUAUUCUGUCUCAGCUGUAGAAAGCAGGGACCCCAGGUUUGACAGGGUGCAGAGAACACAUGACCAUGAUUUAAUACCAGAUUUAGGCUAGAAAAUAAAUGCUUGGACUAAAUGUCAGGACUAAAAUGUGAGGACUUUUUAUGGACUAAAACUAGACUAAAAUGUUUUAAGUUUUUGUCGACUAAAACUAGACUAAAACUGAAAA